GUGGUGUUGUGUUGAUUUGAGUCCCAUAUUGUUUGUUUUUCGAUGGCUAAAUUGUUCAGAGCGUUUUUCUUCAAGUCUCUUUUCUUCUUUUGGUACCGUUUUCUCUUUAGGCAACUCAGGAACCUCGUCCGUUUCCACAGAACCAUUAGCAAUUCUUUUUCGGGUGCAACAACACAGUUUAACAAAUACCUGAAAUUCCCCUCUCUAAUCCACCGAUCAGACCUCAACGAUCACACGUUGAUCUUUGAUGUCGAAAACGCGUUGUUGAAAUCCUCUUCUUUGUUCCCAUAUUUCAUGCUCGUGGCCUUUGAGGCAGGGGGGCUUAUAAGAGCCAUAGUUUUGGUUCUUCUAUACCCUUUUGUUUGUGUGCUGGGAAAAGAGAUGGGCUUGAAGAUAAUGGUCAUGGCAUGCUUCUUUGGGAUCAAAGCUUCGAGCUUCAGAGUUGGAAGGUCCGUUCUGCCGAAAUUCUUCUUGGAGGACGUUGGUGCAGAAAUGUUUGAGGCUCUCAAAAAAGGAGGGAAGACAGUGGGAGUCACCAAUCUACCCCAUGUGAUGGUGGAAAGCUUCUUGAGAGAGUAUUUGGACAUUGAUUUCGUUGUGGGCAGGGAGCUGAAAGUUUUCUGUGGAUACUACGUAGGAUUGAUGGAUGACACAAAAACUAUGCAUGCCUUGGAGCUGGUUAAAGAAGGAAAAGGAUGCUCCGACAUGAUCGGAAUCACAAGGUUUCGCAACAUACGCGACCAUGAUGAUUUUUUCUCUCAUUGCAAGGAAGUGUACGUGGUGUCAGAAGCAGACAAGAGGAGCUGGCAAAAGCUAGCAAGGGAGAGAUACCCCAGAGCCCUUAUAUUUCACGAUGGAAGAUUGGCCCUAAGACCCACUCCAAAGGAGUCCAUAGCGAUGUUCAUGUGGCUACCGUAUGCAAUAAUCCUCGCUGUUAUUCGCAUUUCCCUCGCUCUCUCACUCCCAUUUACCAUCUCAACCCCCUUUUUGGUCUUUAGUGGGAUACGUCUCACGACCACAGCAUCAUCAGCGCCCACAGGCUCCCACAACAUUAAACAGAACAAGGGGAAUGUCGGUAAUCUCUACGUGUGUAACCACAGAACAUUAUUAGACCCGCUCUACAUCUCAUUCUCGCUACAAAACAACUUAACCGCCGUGACCUACAGUUUGAGUAGGAUGUCCGAGAUCCUGGCCCCAAUAAAAACGGUGCGGUUAACCAGAAAGCGCGACGAGGAUGCCGAAAUGAUGAAGAGGUUGCUGGGGCAAGGGGACCUAGUUGUGUGUCCGGAGGGGACCACAUGUAGAGAACCGUAUUUAUUGAGGUUCAGCCCUCUUUUCUCAGAGAUGUGCGAUGAGAUUGUACCCGUUGCAGUUGACACCCACGUUAGUAUGUUCCACGGAACCACUGCUGGUGGACUUAAGUGCUUGGACCCGUUCUUCUUCCUCAUGAACCCCGCUCCAGUUUACACUGUUCGGCUUCUCAACCAUGUCUUCACUAAUUCACAAUUACUAUCAUCUCACACCAGUAACCUUUACCAAGAGGCUCAUAAUUCGAGGUUUCAAGUGGCUAAUAGGGUCCAAACACAGAUUGGAACCGCGUUGGCGUUUGAGUGCACUAAACUCACACGAAAGGACAAGUACUUGAUGUUAGCUGGUAAUGAAGGCAUUGUUAAUUCCAACACCAAAUGCAUAAGCAAGUCCAACUCUUAGUGGAUCGAUCGAGAUCGAGAGCUAGUACGUUACCCUUUGUAAAGUCGCCAACAACCAUGUUAGCUGUGUCGUAAAUGACCAAUUACAUAUACAGGAUCCAUGAUAAAGAUAGAAUGCCAAUCAAGGGGACCUCAGUAAAUUAAAAUUAAUUAAAUUCGUCCUAUUCCUUUCUCUUGAUUGUUAUUAUUUCAAACUUUGUAAUAAUUCCUUGUGUGGUACAAAAGCAAUUUUAAUUCUCAUCUAUAUAUAGUCCUUCUUAUUAUGCAA